GAAUCGAGGACAGACUGGAGCAAACGGUGGGAGAAAGUUUUUAGAUCCAUGUAGCCUACAAUUGCCUUUGGCUUCAAUUGGUUACCGAAGGUCCAGCCAACUGGAUUUUCAGAAUUCACCUUCCUGGCCAAUGGCAUCCACCUCUGAAGUCCCUGCAUUUGAGUUUACAGCAGAAGAUUGUGGCGGUGCACAUUGGCUGGAUAGACCAGAAGUGGAUGAUGGCACUAGUGAAGAAGAAAAUGAAUCUGAUUCCAGUUCAUGCAGAACAUGGAAUUCUGAACUGUGGUGUUGGAAUAAUAAUAAAUAUAGACCAGUCAUCUAUAAUCAUUUGUAUAACGGAGAGAGGGGCAUGUCUUUACAUAGGACUUCCAACAGUAGUCAGACAUUAUCAUCCUGCCAUACUAUGGAGCCAUGUUCAUCAGAUGAAUUUUUCCAAGCCCUUAAUCAUGCUGAACAAACAUUUAAAAAGAUGGAAAACUAUUUGAGGCAUAAACAGUUAUGUGAUGUAAUUCUAGUUGCUGGUGAUCGCAGAAUUCCAGCUCAUAGAUUGGUGCUCUCCUCAGUCUCUGAUUAUUUCGCUGCUAUGUUUACUAAUGAUGUCAGGGAAGCAAGACAAGAAGAAAUAAAAAUGGAAGGUGUUGAACCGAAUUCACUAUGGUCCUUGAUUCAGUAUGCAUAUACAGGCCGCCUUGAAUUAAAAGAAGAUAAUAUUGAGUGCCUGCUGUCUACAGCUUGCCUCCUUCAGCUUUCGCAGGUUGUGGAAGCUUGCUGUAAGUUUUUAAUGAAGCAGCUUCACCCAUCCAACUGUCUUGGAAUCCGUUCUUUUGCUGAUGCCCAGGGUUGUACAGAUUUGCAUAAAGUGGCUCACAAUUAUACCAUGGAACAUUUCAUGGAAGUAAUUCGAAACCAGGAAUUUGUAUUACUACCAGCCAGUGAAAUCGCAAAGCUCUUGGCGAGUGAUGACAUGAACAUUCCUAACGAGGAGACAAUUCUGAAUGCACUUCUUACUUGGGUCCGUCACGAUCUGGAACAGAGACGGAAAGAUCUCAGUAAACUUUUGGCUUAUAUUAGGCUACCUCUUCUUGCACCACAGUUCUUGGCAGACAUGGAAAAUAAUGCACUUUUUCGGGAUGAUAUAGAAUGUCAGAAACUUAUUAUGGAAGCGAUGAAGUACCAUUUAUUACCGGAGAGACGACCCAUGUUACAAAGCCCUCGGACAAAACCUAGAAAGUCAACGGUUGGAACAUUAUUUGCAGUUGGAGGAAUGGAUUCAACAAAAGGAGCAACAAGCAUUGAAAAGUAUGAUCUUCGUACAAAUAUGUGGACUCCUGUAGCAAAUAUGAAUGGGAGGAGGCUACAGUUUGGUGUUGCAGUGUUAGAUGACAAACUGUAUGUGGUUGGAGGAAGAGAUGGACUGAAGACUUUGAACACUGUAGAAUGCUACAAUCCCAAAACAAAAACCUGGAGUGUGAUGCCUCCUAUGUCCACCCACAGGCAUGGUCUUGGUGUGGCUGUAUUGGAAGGCCCCAUGUAUGCAGUCGGAGGACAUGAUGGCUGGAGCUAUCUGAAUACAGUGGAAAGAUGGGACCCACAGGCUCGCCAGUGGAAUUUUGUCGCUACUAUGUCCACCCCCAGGAGCACAGUAGGUGUGGCAGUACUAAGUGGAAAACUUUAUGCAGUUGGUGGUCGUGAUGGAAGUUCUUGCCUCAAAUCAGUAGAAUGUUUUGAUCCUCACACUAACAAAUGGACACUCUGUGCACAAAUGUCAAAAAGGAGAGGGGGAGUAGGAGUAACUACCUGGAAUGGAUUGCUGUAUGCGAUUGGAGGACACGAUGCUCCUGCAUCCAACUUGACUUCCAGACUCUCAGACUGUGUGGAGAGAUAUGAUCCCAAAACAGAUAUGUGGACUGCAGUGGCAUCCAUGAGCAUCAGCAGAGAUGCAGUGGGGGUCUGUUUACUUGGUGAUAAAUUAUAUGCUGUUGGAGGGUAUGAUGGACAGACUUAUCUUAAUACAGUGGAGGCUUAUGAUCCCCAGACAAAUGAGUGGACCCAGGAAAAGUUUGCCAACCCGUACGUGGAGGAUCAUUCUUCCAUCACCUAGGAGAUGAGGCCUCUGAGAGGGUGGAAAUGAGGAAAAUGCCAAGCAAAGAAAAUGGUAAACCAAGAGGGAGCUUUCAAGAGCAAGAAACGAUUGGAAGACAACAGAGAGAGGAGGAAAGUCUUGAGGAAUGAGGCCUUGAACUCAGUAUGUCCGCCCGCCCCCCACCCCACUGAGUCUUGGAGAAGUCUUCUCUGGUCCUGAAGAUGAUUAGAGACUCUCUUAGCUGUUGAGGCAGCCAAGUGAAAUCAGGUGAAAAGCUCAUGUUUUUAUUAAAUUGCCUCAGACUUGGUCAUCUGUUUACUGAAAUAGAGUUGGCGUCACCUUGAUUCUGUGGCGGACACCGGGCUAAGCACUGCAUAUGCAUGUGGAAUUCUUAGGAUCUGUCCAGUGGCCCUAUGAAGUAGACGGGAUUAUUCCCCCGUCACGGUGUAGGAACUAGCUAGUAAAUGGCAGAGCCAAAUUUGAAAAAACAACCAGGUCUGUAUGACCUCAGAGUCUUUUUUAAAAACCCGUGCAAGAUUGCCACAUGGAGGUGAGCUUUACCCGUCUUUAUUACCGAGGAUGAUACCUAUUUGAUGCCAAGGUCAGAUGUUGUGAUGGUGUCGUCAUCGCAUCUGUGCCACAUUUUAAAUUUUCACUUUUAAUGAGUGGGAACAGGCUAUGUAAUUCUGCCUAUUAUGUGCAUACGCACACACACACACACAAACAGGCCCUUAAUAAGUGCCGCUGUGUUGUGAGAGGACGAAAGAAGGGCAUUUUAGUCAGGACGGCAUAUUUCAUGUCCUGGGGACAGAGAACUGUUACUGCUAAUAGAGCAACGAGCAGGGAUGCCGGGUGGAGCAGUAAUGAAUGGAAAUGAGAGGAUGAGCCAUUCGUAGCAAGUCAUAAAUCCACUGUUCAACAUCUAAUAUAAUUUAAGAGAGACAAGUGCUUCAAAAUUCUCAGGAUGUGAGGAAGAUUGGGUAGCUGUACUGUAUCACUCAGGGUCCGGUCAGGAGACAGAACCCACACCAUACCUGGAACAGAGAAGUUCUGAUAUAAGGAAUUACAUACUAUUACAGAGGGUGAGACUCCCGCAGGACUGGCUGGUGAUCAUGGUCUGGGGUUUGACUGCCCUACUUGCAGGCUAGUAAAUUAGCCUGUCAUUGUUUCAUGGCUGCUGGCAGAGGACACUAAACUGGGGCAGAGACAAAGACCUUUAUGACCCAGAGUACAAAAACGAGUGUGACUGUCAUAGUUUGGGUUAAUUCCCCUGCCCCCAAGUCCCACAGGAGCAGGUGGGGAAUCCACUGAGCUUGGGGCAUUCACUGAUUUUGUAGUAAGUGGUAGACAAGCCAGCCCUUUGUCCUCAAGGUUUCUCACUACACACGCGACACUGAGAAAUGGCCCAGCAUUAAUAGCAGUGAAGAGGGACACUCAGGGACUGCAGUAGGUUGCCUGCUGUCUCCAGCAUUUAACAUUGUGCCAUCUGGAAAAGGAGGAAAAGGCCCAUCUCCAUCUUCACAGAGCAGGUAAUGAAGAUUGGAGAUGAGAAGCCAUAAAUUAAAAACUGGCAUAUAUGACUUUCAGUAGUACAAGGCACAGUGAAUCAAGAUAUAGUCUAGAAAAUAUAGAAUAGAAGGAAGAGGGUUAUUCAAUCCAUUUUAACAAGUGUGUUUGUGUGUGAUCUCCACCAUGUGCUGAGAGCUGAGGAAACCAAAAGACAGAGUCCCUAACCCUUCAGCGAUCUUAAGGAGCUCACAAGCUGGGGGGCACCGACAGCUAACCAUGACAAUGUCCCUUUUACUACAAAAGGGGGAAAGGGAGGGAAACAUUCUAGUAGAAAAGAAGGAUAUGGACAGAUAAUCCCAGUAUAAGAAAAUAAUAACGACUGGGACAGAUUAUGAACUUUGGAAGAAUUCAGAGAAAGAAGUGAGAAAAAUGAGAGUUCCUUCAAUGGUCAGUUCACCCCAGAUAAUAUAUUAAGAUUCAAAGACCACACAUCAAACAGAUUAUAGACAAGCAAACAUUUUCAGAAAUUAGUUAAGUAAACAUUUGUUAAGGGGUGCCUCAGUGGCUCAGUCGGUUAAGCA